CUUUUUCAGAAACAACCAAACCCAAUAAAAACAACAACGACUUUUCAUACAGCGGGAUCAUAUAAAAUAGGGUUAGAUUCAACACUCACACACACAAAACAAAGAAAGUAAGUUGGGCUUCGAAACCGCUAGAACGCCGAAGGAGCUCACCUGAAUAGUGACUCUUCAGACUGUGUUCUUCUUCUUAGAUACAUUUCCUUCUGUUUAUCAAAUUGCAUCGAAGAGAUCAAACUCCAUCAACUUGUUACGGAGAAAUCUCCGAAUUGAUUUUUUAAGGCCCAAAUGAUCUGAAGUUUUUGUGGGAUUAAAUGGCGUGCAACACUACCCAACAUGUUUGUCCGCCUCCAAUGAAGGCAACUUCUAACGGAGCUUUCCAAGGGGACAAUCCGCUAGAUUUUGCACUUCCUCUUCUCAUCUUGCAGAUAUGUCUUGUGCUUGUUCUCACUCGGGUUCUUGCUUAUCUUUUAAAGCCAUUAAAACAGCCUCGUGUGAUUGCUGAGAUCAUUGGUGGUAUACUGCUUGGGCCUUCAGUUCUAGGUCGUAACAAGACAUACCUGAAUGCGGUUUUUCCUUCACGAAGCCUUACAGUGUUAGAUACUUUAGCCAACAUCGGUCUCAUCUUCUUUUUGUUCUUAGUUGGUUUAGAGAUGGACCCAAAAUCCCUGUCCAAGACUGGAAAGCGAAUUCUCAGUAUUGCUCUUGCUGGAAUUACCGUACCAUUUUCUUUAGGAAUUGGGACAUCAUUUGUCCUUCGGAAUACAAUAUCAAAAGGCGUUGACGGUCCACCAUUUCUUAUAUUCAUGGGUGUAGCCUUUUCCAUUACUGCCUUCCCUGUCCUAGCCCGUAUUCUAGCUGAGCUCAAACUCCUCACAACGGAUGUGGGUAGGAUGGCUAUGUCGGCUGCUGCAGUAAAUGACGUGGCUGCCUGGAUCCUACUUGCUCUAGCUGUUGCUCUUUCUAGCUCAGGUCAUUCCCCUCUGGUGGCUCUUUGGGUUCUUUUCUGUGGCUGUGGAUUUGUCGCGGGAGCAUUUCUCAUAUUCCGGCCACUCUUUGCUUGGAUGGCUAAAUGUACCCAUGAAGGUGAGCCUGUUGGCGAAACUUACAUUUGCGCCACCUUAGGUGCUGUUCUUGCUGCUGGAUUUGUGACGGACGCUAUUGGUAUCCAUGCUCUUUUUGGUUCUUUUGUCCUUGGAGUUCUUGUGCCAAAAGAAGGGCCUUUAGGUGUCUCUCUUGUUGAAAAGGUUGAAGAUUUGGUAUCUGGCCUCUUCCUUCCACUGUAUUUUGCUUCAAGUGGGUUAAAAACUAAUGUGGCCACAAUUCAAGGGCUUCAAUCUUGGGGUCUUCUUGUCUUGGUUAUAUUCACAGCUUGUUUCGGGAAGAUUGUCGGCACUAUUGUGGUUUCCCGUGCUUGUAAGGUCCCUUGGCGUGAAUCUUUUACUUUGGGUUUUCUCAUGAACAGUAAAGGUUUGGUGGAACUCAUCGUCCUUAACAUUGGUAAAGACCGAAAGGUUUUAAACGAUCAAACUUUUGCCAUCAUGGUUUUGAUGGCUCUGUUCACAACCUUCAUCACAACUCCUGUAGUUAUGAUUAUAUAUAAACCAUCAAAAAGGGCAGGCCUGAUGGAGGCUGGCUACAAGAAUAAAACAAUAGAAAGAAUAGAUGUCAGUUCCCAGCUUCGGAUUUUGGCAUGCUUCCAUAGUACAAAGAAUAUCCCGACAAUGAUCAAUCUCAUUGAGGCCUCUCGUGGUAGUGGAAGGCAAGAAAGUUUAUGUGUUUAUGCACUGCACUUAACAGAGCUGUCAGAGAGAUCAUCCGCAAUUCUCAUGGUACACAAGGCACGGAAAAAUGGAUUACCAUUUUGGAAUAAGGGGAGGAGAGAUUCAGACCACAUUGUCGUCGCCUUUGAGACUUUCGAGCAGUUGAGUCAUGUCUCUGUAAGACCAAUGACAUCCAUCUCUGCGCUGUCGAAUAUGCACGAGGAUAUCUGUGCUAGUGCCAAAAGUAAGAAAGCAGCAAUGAUUGUCCUCCCAUUUCACAAGCACCAAAGGGUAGAUGGGGCCCUUGAAACUACACGUACAGAUUUUCGGUGGGUGAACCACAAGGUUCUCCAAAAUGCACCGUGCUCGGUAGGUAUCCUCGUUGACCGCAGCCUUGGUGGGGCUUCUCAAGUAUCUGCAAGGGAUGUUUCUUCUUCCAUUACUGUUAUAUUCUUUGGGGGUCGUGACGACCGUGAAGCACUUGCUUAUGCUGUUCGCAUGGCCGAGCAUCCAGGUAUCAACUUAGCAGUCAUCCGCAUCACAGUGCAGCUUGAAUCCGGUGGAGAAAUUGCUGUGAUUGAAAUGAACGAGGGGAGUAAUACUGAAAGUCGUUUACUUGAUGAGAAAGUCCUAUCUGAGUUUGAAAAGCAGAUCUCCCAGAACCCUUCCCUGAAAUAUGAGGAGAGAUUGCUUAGAAAUUCUGCGGAAAUUGUGGCUGUUGUUCAGGAAUUCAGUAGAUGCAGUCUAUUUUUAGUUGGUCGCAUGCCAAUUGGUGUUGUGCAACCUGUUCUAAAUGGGAGGAGCGAUUGUCCAGAACUUGGUCCAAUAGGAGGUUUAUUGGUUUCACCAGAUCUUUCAACAACAGCUUCCUUUUUGGUUGUUCAACAGUAUUACAACCAGCCACCUUCAGAUUUAGCUGUUUUUUCAGAAGAUUCAGGCUCCAAAUAGUUGUUGAUUCUCUAUUACAGAUGCGGAUUUAAUCACUCUCUUUGCAUGUGGUUGGAGAAGCUAAUGGCAACUGCAAGAUGAAACUUAGCUUAUAUAAAGACAACUCUCUUUAUUGAUGUUUAGAAAAUCUCUCAAAACUAAACACAAGCUCUAAUCUUGCUCAUAUGAUCAACCACAACUUUGGUGAUCAUAUAUAUAUAGAACUAUGAAUUCCUUUU